AUGCUCGCAGCCCGUACCAACGCGUCGGUGCGCCUUGCCCGUCGCUCGUUUGCGACCGUAGUCGAUGCUGCCGGCCUCAAGGUCGCAGCUGUCGAUGCCGGCCAGCCCACCGUCUCCAUUACUGUCCUCGCAAAAGCUGGUUCUCGCUACCAGACGAAACCUGGUGUCGCCCACAGCACUGCUGACCGGUCUGCGCUUGGGACAGUCCGUGAGGCUGAGCUUUACGGUGGUGUCCUGUCGUCGACCCUGACGAGAGAACAUCUCGCCUUGACCGCCGAGUUCCUCCGUGGCGACGAAGCAUUCUUCGUCAAAGUGUUGUCUUCCGCCAUCGCGUCCUCGAAAUACCUCCGCCACGAACUUCAGGAGCUUGUUCUCCCAGCAGUAGAAAGCGACAUCCAUGCGCUCCAAACCAACCCGGCGGCUCAUGCAGUCGAGCUCGCGCACGCUCUGGCUUUCCGCUCUGGGCUUGGUGCAUCUCUCUUCGCUGCCCCUCAUACGCCGAUAACUGCUCACGACGUUGAGCAAUUUGCCGCGACCGCCUUUUCGAAGGACAACAUUGCUGUCCUCGGAACGGGUAUCUCAGAGUCCGCACUCUCGUCCCUAGUGCAGGCGGCCUUUGCAUCGCAAUCAGGCUCUGCCACCGCCUCAACACCGUCUGCUUACUUUGGAGGCGAAACUCGCGUGCAAGCCCACGGUGGGGCGCAGACUGUCUUCAUUGGAUUCGGUGUCGCCGGUGCUCCGACACCAGAGGUUGCUGCGCUGGCCGCAUACUUGGAUCCUAAUCCUACGAUCAAAUGGGCCAAGAGCUCGUCCCCGAUGCUGCAAGUCCCGCACACCACCGUACAAUCUGUCUAUCUGCCGUACUCUGAUGCCGCUCUUGUUGGUGUUAUCGUCCAGGGACCUACGGCUGAGGCGACCCGGGAGGCAGCCAAGGCUGUUGCCCAGACUUUCAAAUCUGUCAGCUCGAUCAAGGCUGAGGACUUGAAGGCUGCUGUGACCAAGGCCAAAUUCCGUGCCGCAGCCAGUGUCGACGACCGUGCUGGUCUCGUCGAGAUCUUGGGCUCUAAGGUCCUUUCUGGCGCAAGUGCCACCUCAACGGAAGCCACGCUGUCUGCAUUUGACUCCGUCAGCAGCGCUUCUUUCUCCAAGGUUACCGCCGCCCUGGCCAAGGCGAAGCCCACCUUCGUCGCCAUUGGUGACACUGAAGCCCUACCUUAUGCAGAUGAACUGGGAUUGUAG